AUGGAGAACUUUUCUGGGUCAUAUAAGCAAACAAAAACGACGGAAUUCCUAAUUAACCUCAAUAAGUUCAUUUUCGUAUUCGGCUUACCAAACUGCUGGGUAGACAACUUGGACUUUCCUGUCAUUUUUAUGAAGGUUUUAAACGUACUGAGUAUUUACGGAAACUGGUCAGUUAUCAUUAUGAAUAUAUUUGAGUACGGAUCCAUUUAUACACAGAACAACUUGUCUGAGCUCCAGAAGUCUGAUCUCAUGCUGUUCCUCAUUUCUCACACUAUUAUCAAUGGAUUCCGAAUUCGUAUUUGUCACCAAAGAGACCAGAUAAGAAACGUUAUGUACAAGUUAGGCAUUGCGUUGAAGGCCGUGCACAAUGACUGUGAGGCUGAACAGAAGAUGAUCACAAGGUCCAAGUUCUUCUCUUGGGCACUGAUAUUCAAUUGCGUGAUGUCUGUCAUCAUGUACACGAUCGAGGGCGUUCUAAGAGUUAUACGAACAGGGGAUACAUUUAACACCGUCAUAACAGCGUGGCCUGAUGUCCACGACAGGUCUGUGCUUAGCAACAUCGGGAGGACAGUAAUCUACGUUACUUGGUGGAUCUACCUGACGCGUAUUUUCUCAGUGUACUCCCUAGUCAUCUGCUUGACUAUAGCCGUCAGCCAUCAGUUUAAGAACCUCAAGAGCUAUUUCUAUAGCCUCAGUAAGAUUUUCGAAAAUGACAAUGUGUCGCAAACGGAGAAGGAGCAGGAAUAUGAGAAAGCUUUCAAAGUUGGCAUCAGCAUGCAUUCGGAGACGUUGAAGUGCACGGAUGAAAUUCAAACAAUAUGCCGAGAAGUGUUUAGCGGUCAAAUUAUAUUCAAUCUAACGCUACUUAUCGUGCUAAUGUAUCAAAUGAUGAAUUCGCCCCGUACUUUUUCUAAUGUAUUGACGUUGGGACUGACAGCGCUGACAAUCCUGUUCAGCACUGGCUUCUUCAUGUGGAACGCUGGUGAUAUCACGGUCGAGGCUGAAGGAGUCCCGGUGGCCAUGUUCAGCUCUGGCUGGGAGAACUGCUACCACGAGUCCUCAGUGCGUGUCAGGAAGCUGGUCGUCAUCUCCAUGUCACAGGCACAGAAAGCAGUGGCUCUAACUGGGCUGGGUAUCAUAGCGCUGUCCUACCAGUCCUACGUGUCUAUCGUGAAGUCGUCGUAUUCAGUAUUUUCCGUGUUGUAUUAA